CCUACGAGUCAUUAGUUCUUACUCUCCCAGAACCUUCUAUGUUCAAAUAUAUUCGAUUGCCAACUGGACUGUGUAGUACGUCUACCCCACAACCCGGCCCACGCUCCGUCCUGUAUAUAUAUAAGGAGCUAGCGGCCCUUGCCAACUGCUUCCUCAUACCCACAGUAGUCCUAGGAAUCAAUUCAUCUGUGCUUCAAAUUGACAUUCUUCCUUUUUUUUUUCCUCCUUCCUUUCCUUUCCGUUUUUAACCAAUAAUGGCAUCAUCAUCGCAGAGUUCAGGCUCGAAGUGGACUGCUAAGCAGAACAAGCUGUUUGAGAAGGCACUGGCUGUGUAUGACCAGGAUAGCCCCAACCGGUGGGAGAAUGUGGCACGUGCUGUGGGGGGCAAGACUCGUGAAGAAGUGAAGAGGCAUUUCGAGCUUCUUGAGGAGGAUAUCAAGCAGAUUGAGUCUGGUCGCAUUCCCUUCCCUAACUACAGAUGAGGGGCACAGGAUUAGAUAUGUGAAGCUACAGGAAGGGAGACAGUAGUAGCUAGCUAGCAAGAAGCCCAAGUGUUGGGUCCUAGAUGACGUCAACGUGCAAAAGAGCAUGUACAUGGAUACGCAUUAUUAUUAUGCUAUAAAAUAAGGAACAGGGAAUAAUAGUAGAUGUCGCACAGCAGCUUUUCUAGCGUGCAGCUCUUAUGUAAAUCUACUAAUUAUUAAAGGUUAUGAAAUAGCGUGUAGCUCUUAUAUAUGUAAAUCUACUGAUUAAAGGUUAUGUAAUAGUAUCGCUUGCUGAUCUCCCAGCUAGCUUUAAACAUAAAUCUACUGAUUAAAGGC